AUGUCUUUGACUAACAAGCUUGCCAUCACUGAUGUCGACCUCAAGGGAAAGCGCGUCUUUAUCCGCGUCGUCACUCAUCCGAUACCCUUCUUUACCCCAGACUUCAACGUUCCCCUAGACGGAUCGACCAUCACCAACAACCAGCGUAUUGUUGCCGCUCUGCCUACUAUCAAGUACGCCAUUGAGCAGGAGCCCAAGGCUGUCAUUCUCGCAUCCCACCUUGGCCGUCCCGACGGCCAGGUCAACCCGAAGUACUCGCUCAAGCCUGUCGCUGACGAGCUCUCCAAGCUCCUCAGCAAGCCCGUUACUUUCCUUCCUGACUGUGUUGGCCCCGAAGUCGAGGCCAAGGUCAAUGCCGCUUCCGCCGGCGAGAUCAUCUUGCUCGAGAACCUCCGCUUCCACGCUGAGGAGGAGGGUUCCUCCAAGGUCGACGGAAAGAAGGUCAAGUGCGCCCCCGAGGACGUCGAGAAGUUCCGCAAGGGAUUGACCGCUCUUGCCGAUGUCUACGUCAACGAUGCCUUCGGAACCGCUCACCGCGCCCACAGCUCCAUGGUUGGUGUUGAGCUUCCCCAGAGAGCCUCUGGAUUCUUGGUCAAGAAGGAGCUGGACUUCUUCGCGAAGGCCCUCGAGAACCCCGAGCGUCCUUUCCUCGCCAUCCUCGGUGGUGCUAAGGUCUCUGACAAGAUCCAGCUCAUCGACAACUUGAUCUCAAAGGUCGAUGCCCUCAUCAUCGGAGGUGGUAUGGCUUUCACCUUCAAGAAGGCUCUUGAGAAUGUCAAGAUCGGAGCUUCCCUCUAUGAUGAAGAAGGUGCCAAGACCGUUGGCGCUAUUCUCGAGAAGGCUAAGGCCCAUGGCGUCAAGGUCGUCCUUCCCGUCGACUACGUUACUGGCGACAAGUUCUCCAAGGACGCUACUGUUGGCUACGCCACCGACGAGACUGGAAUCGCAGACGGUCUCAUUGGUCUUGAUAUCGGCGAGAAGAGUGCUAAGCUGUUUGCUGAGACCGUUGCUGAGGCUAAGACCAUCUUGUGGAACGGACCUCCCGGUGUUUUCGAGUUCGACAACUUCGCCAAGGGAACCAAGACCGUUCUCGACGCCGCUGUCGCUGCUGCUGCUUCCGGAACCACCGUCAUCGUCGGAGGUGGUGACACUGCUACCGUCGCCAAGAAGUGGGGAGCUGAGGACAAGCUUUCGCACGUCUCUACCGGAGGUGGUGCCUCUCUCGAGCUCCUCGAGGGUAAGGUCCUGCCCGGUGUUGCUGCUCUGAGCGAGAAAUAAGCGUCUGAAAGGUAGCGAAGAGGCAUAACCGCGGGAGUAGAAGAAUACGGAAAGAUAAUAAAGGGCUCUGCGAUGGAUCGUUAAGAGCUGGUCUUUUUUUUUGUUCCCAUUGCUUUGCUCUUGAUCUUCUCUUUGGGUCUUCAAUAGAUUCACAGACUAUGGGCGUCGACUCGUAUUGAUCUGCUCAUGUGUUUUCUUCCAGCAAUCUUUGUCAGAUAAGUGCAACAGCCUUAUUAUAUCUUAAAAUCAUUUAAUUUACUAUUAAGGGUAUCGAUAAGACUCCCAUAGAAUUUUGAAUAAUGUGUGAAAAUAUAACUCUUGAUCUUUGUAUUCAAAGCUUGUAAUUAUCGUUGGGAAUAGGUUUAGGGUAUCACACU